AUGUCUACCAGUAUUUGUCAUUUCAAGGACCGGUGCGUGUCCAUCCUGUGCUGUAAAUUCUGUAAGCAAGUGCUCAGCUCUAGGGGCAUGAAGGCCGUCCUGCUGGCGGAUACUGAGAUAGACCUUUUCUCCACAGACAUCCCUCCUACCAAUGCAGUGGAUUUCAUUGGAAGAUGCUACUUCACUGAAAUCUGCAAUUGUAAACUGAAGAACAUUGCUUGCUUGAAAUGUGGUAACAUUGUAGGUUAUCAUGUGAUUGUUCCAUGUUGUUCCUGCCUUCUUUCUUGCAAUAAUGGACACUUCUGGAUGUUUCACAGCCAGGCAGUUUAUGGUAUUAACAGACUGGACUCUUCUGGUAUAAACUUCCUACUUUGGGGGAACUUGCCAGAGACAGAAGAGAAUACAGAUGAAGCCAUAUUAGAUAUUUCAGCAGAGGAGUGUAUUAGAUGAAUGAAAUUAUGAUAUGGAUGAUGUUCAGCCUUUUUCCUAUUUAAUAUAUGUGUUAAUGGAUCAACUUUAAAAUUUCUGAAGAAUUUUUCA